GACGAUUAAUUUGAGCCGAAAUGGUGCGUGAACCAUUGAGUAAAAGUAACCAUGUCAUCACAUGGCUGUUAUCUAUGCCUGUCUAAAAUGAAUGCAUUCGCCGAUAGGAAAAUCUGCGGGGUCCAAAUAAUCUGUGCUUUGUAGCUGCCAACAAGUGAAGGCAGGUCUGGCGUCCAAAUGAGCAACUUUAUGUAUAAUUUUGAUAUCAACAGUUUUUACGAUAAGCGAGUGGCAUUUUCUAGCCUGUUGAGUAUAGAGAAAGAAGUCAGCAUUUCCAAUGGCUGAAUUACCUGGGGAGGGGACCUACGUCUGUACCCUCGAUGAGGAGACGCAGAAGAAGGCUAAAGAUGAGUUAAAGGAAGACCCGAAAGAACGCGCUAGUAAGAUACAGGCUGUUAGAGACUGGAUCAAGAAACACCCCUAUAUCACGUCAAGAACUGAUGAUGCAUUUAUUCUACGAUUCCUGAGAUUAUGCAAAUCGAGCGUGUUGGACACUCAGAAGAGGAUCGAACAGUUCUGCAUCAAACGCACCACGUCAGAGGGUGCCCCGGAGUGGUUUGCUUCACAAGAUGUGGAUGAUCCGAAAAUUAUUGACAUUCUUUCAAAACCUGCGCAGAUCGUCUUGCCAAAGCCAAAAGGGAAGAAAGAUGGACCUGUUUACAUUCUCUCUCUCAGUAGGAAUAUGGACCCAAACGCUGACAUAAACGAUAUGAUGCGGGCCCUAUAUAUGACCGUGGACACUAACGUCAUGGAUGAGAACAUGCAGGUGCACGGUAUGUAUUUCAUUCAGGACAUGAAGGGCGUCGGCAUGGACAUAAUGAAGAUUUGGAAUCGGGAGAAUAUAACAAAAGCCAUAAAGGUUUGGAAGGAUGUUUAUCCAACUCGAACGAAACAGUUUCAUUAUGUGAAUAUGCCUCGAUUCCUGAAUGCUAUAAUGGAGAUAAUAAAGCUCUUCUUGGGCAAGAAACUUUCGGACCGGAUGAAAAUCCAUCACUCUGAAAAAGAGUUUGCAAAGAAGAUACCGAAAGAAUGUCUUCCCAAUGAGUAUGGUGGAACUGCAGGAACAAUAGAAGAAAUAUACGCUCCUUUCCGCGAGAAGGUGUUGAACAACCGGCAGGAAUACGAGCUGCUCAAGCAGUGCUGGGCAGAUGAAGAGAAGAUGCCCAAGGAGGUACCCACUGGGGAUGCUUGGGGGAUGGUCGGAUCGUUCAGGAAGAUGGAAACGGACUGAUAACCCUGAAAUUUUUAGGAAAAAAAGAAAAAUUUUGCCGAACAUGGGUGCGAGAGAAAAAUACGAAUAAAAAGCAAUAGACACCAACUUAGCUUGUACCAUGUUGUAUAAAUAAUAAUUCUUUUUGAUGC